UUCACUUUUCUCACUCGCUCCAUCUCUAUCUCUACACGCCGCCACUGUAAUUCAGUGAAGUCACUGAAAUUAAUAAUUAAAAAAAAUCGAAAAAAGCAAAAAAAAUUACUAAAACUGCAAAAAAUAAAGCCAAGAAGCAAAGUGUAUAUAUCAAGCUGACACCAUACACCCACAGCUCCCAUCCAAAAAAAAAAAAAAAAAAGAGGAGCGAAGUAUAUUUUCUCUCUCUAGAGUUCUGCACGUUUCCCGAUGAUAACCACCAACCACUUCCGGUAGUGACGCCACCUGCCACUUCCGCUGUUUAUGGCCGCCCAGAGCGACGUCGUUUCGCUGACCUUUAAAGCUCUGGUGGAGAGCGCGGACCGGAAGUUCGCUAGGGUCCGUGACCUCCCGGCUUACGGACGUGCUCAAAACCACUACUUCCAGAAGGUUUUCAAGGCUUACAUGCGACUAUGGAAGUACCAGCAAGAGAACAGGUCGAAGCUGGUUGAGGCCGGUCUCAACCGAUGGGAAAUAGGUGAGAUCGCUAGCCGGAUCGGCCAGCUUUACUUUAACCAGUACAUGAGGACGAGUGAUGCGAGGUUCUUGGUCGAAGCCUAUGUGUUCUAUGAGGCGAUUUUGCAUCGAAAGUACUUUGAAGGAGCUAAAGCUAAGGAUAUCGGUGUGAGAUUUAAGGAGUUGAGGUUUUAUGCUCGGUUUUUGCUCGUUUCCUUGAUUUUGAACCGGACCGAGAUGGUUCAAUUUCUUGUCGACAGGUUUAGAGCUCUUGUUGAUGAUAGCAAGUCAAAUUUCCGGGAAACAAACUUCAAAGAGUGGAAGCUAGUGGUGCAAGAAAUUGUCCACUUUAUGGAAGUCAAUACUGCCUUUGCAAAUGUCAGGACUUUGCGGUAUUGUGUCUUGUUUGAUUCUCAUCCAACUUCUCGUCCAUAUGUGGCCCGUUUCCAUGCAAGGAAGGUCCUAAAGUUUCAAGAUGCAAUCCUGACAGGCUAUCACCGGAAUGAGAUUAAAUUUGCAGAAAUUACUUUGGACACUUAUAGAAUGCUGCAAUGUCUCGAAUGGGAGCCAAGUGGGUCUUUCUACCAAAAGCAUCCAGUUGAAUCAGUCUACCAAAAGCAUCCAGUCGAAUCAUACGAGAAUGGCACUGUAACUGAUCAUUCUGGAGCUUCUGGACUAAUAGAUAUAAACCUGGCUGCAGAUUUCACUGAUCCAACUUUACCGCGAAAUCCUAGGAAAGCUAUUCUUUAUCGUCCUUCCGCGACACAUUUGCUAGCAGUUAUGGCAACAAUUUGUGAGGAGCUCCCUCCUGAAGGCAUUAUGCUAAUAUAUAUAUCAGUCUCAGGGAAGGCUGGCCAAAGUAAUGUUUCUCAGGUGGAAAGCUCUGGAGGGUCAUGGAAGUCUUCUAAAAACAAAGUUGUUUCUGGAACAUCCAGUGAACAAAAUAGUUAUGCAUCUGAAUCUCAUACUAAUGGCAAGCGAGAUUCAAGUGACUAUCAUGACAAUUACCUAUGGUUAGGUCCCAAAGGAACUGCUGGUUCAAAUACCCUUUAUCCUGGUGAUAUAAUUCCUUUUACUCGAAGACCACUUUUCUUGAUUAUUGAUAGUGACAGCAGCCAUGCAUUCAAGGUCUUGCAUGGUGCAGAAAGGGGAGAGCCAUCUGCAUUGCUACUUUCACCUUUGAAGCCAACAUUCAAGAACGUAGCUGGUGUUGAUACAACACAUAAUGGAAGUCAGUUUACCUUUUUUUUAACUGCUCCUUUGCAAGCUUUUUACCAGAUGGUUGGUCUCUCAUCUGUCAGUACUGAUACAGAUGUUUACAAUGAUGCUGAGGAGAUGCUAUCCAAUGCAUUCUCCGAGUGGGAGGUGGUUCUAUGUACGUCAAAUAGCCUAGAUCUGGUUUGGGCUCAAGUUUUAUCUGACCCAUUUCUGCGGCGGCUUAUUCUCAGAUUUAUAUUCUGCCGUUCUGUUCUAUCUACCUUCUGCCCUCCAAGGGACAAUGAGCAAUAUCUGCCUGUUUGCCUGCCCCAUCUUCCCAGUUCUGUGUCUCCGAGCUCUGAAGUUGUGCGUUUGGCAGUCCUUCGACUUUCAAAUCACCUGAAUGUUUCCGAUUAUUUUCACUUUGAUGACAAUUAGGAUCCCAAGCUGUUGAAAAAAAAUUAGAGGGAUAAAAUUGCAGGCCCUAGGCACUCAAAUUCCAUUCAUUUGAUGAGAAAAACUACUUCUGAAUUUGACAAGUUGGCUUUUAAGGGAACUUAAGCGGAAUAUAACUGGUGAUGCAACUGAAGUUGGCAAAAUAGAGAAUGUCUGGACGAGCAUGGUUGCUUCUGCAUGUUUUAUCGCCUGUGUACAAACUCGCCAAAUUUUCAGACUGCUGGUGAAUCAUAUGCUGGUUUGCUGUUAUGUUGCUGGAUGCUCAACGAUUUGCAGGUGUGUAAGUAUUGUUUAAUUCUUUAGGGGCUGAUUGGUGUAAUAAUCUAAUUUUUGUUUUAAGCAGUACUAGUCUUUUUUUUUUUUUUGUAAAAGAAAAUCAGGUAGUCAAAGUGUUUUUUCCGUCUUACAGUUGUUUCAUAUUAUUCUUGAGGAGCUACUUAAGGGGCAGAUGUAAUUAAAUCGAGUACUAGUUACAGGUUGGAUUCUGCUUAAUGCUCCUAUAUUUGGUCUUUA